AUGGAAAAAUUUCUUUUUUAUUUGUUUUUCAUUGGCAUAGCAGUGAGAGCUCAGAUCUGUCCAAAGCGUUGUGUCUGUCAAAUUUUGUCUCCUAAUCUUGCAACCCUUUGUGCCAAGAAAGGGCUUUUAUUUGUUCCACCAAACAUUGACAGAAGAACUGUGGAACUGCGGUUGGCAGACAAUUUUGUUACAAAUAUUAAAAGGAAAGAUUUUGCCAACAUGACCAGCUUGGUGGACCUGACUCUAUCCAGGAAUACAAUAAGUUUUAUUACACCUCAUGCAUUUGCUGACCUACGAAAUUUGAGGGCUUUGCAUUUGAAUAGCAACAGAUUGACUAAAAUCACAAAUGAUAUGUUCAGUGGUCUUUCCAAUCUCCAUCAUUUGAUAUUGAACAACAAUCAGCUGACUUUAAUUUCUUCUACAGCAUUUGAUGAUGUAUUUGCCCUUGAGGAGCUUGAUCUGUCAUAUAAUAAUCUAGAAACCAUUCCUUGGGAUGCUGUUGAGAAGAUGGUUAGCUUGCACACCCUUAGUCUGGAUCACAAUAUGAUUGACAACAUUCCCAAGGGGACUUUCUCCCACUUACACAAGAUGACUCGGUUAGAUGUAACAUCAAAUAAAUUGCAGAAGCUACCACCUGAUCCUCUCUUUCAGCGAGCUCAGGUACUGGCAACCUCAGGAAUCAUAAGCCCAUCUACUUUUGCAUUAAGUUUUGGUGGAAAUCCUUUGCAUUGCAAUUGUGAAUUAUUGUGGUUGAGGCGUCUGUCCAGAGAAGAUGACCUAGAGACCUGUGCUUCUCCUGCACUUUUAACUGGCCGCUACUUUUGGUCAAUUCCUGAGGAAGAAUUUUUGUGUGAGCCUCCUCUCAUUACACGUCACACGCAUGAAAUGAGAGUCCUGGAGGGUCAAAGGGCAACACUGAGGUGCAAAGCCAGGGGAGACCCUGAACCUGCAAUUCACUGGAUUUCUCCUGAAGGGAAGCUUAUUUCAAAUGCAACAAGAUCUCUGGUGUAUGACAAUGGAACACUUGACAUUCUUAUAACAACUGUAAAGGAUACAGGUGCUUUUACCUGCAUUGCUUCCAAUCCUGCUGGGGAAGCAACACAAACAGUGGAUCUUCAUAUAAUUAAGCUCCCUCACUUACUAAACAGUACAAACCAUAUCCAUGAGCCUGAUCCUGGUUCUUCAGAUAUCUCAACUUCUACCAAGUCAGGGUCUAAUGCAAGCAGUAGUAAUGGUGAUACUAAAAUGAGUCAAGAUAAAAUUGUGGUGGCAGAGGCAACAUCGUCAACGGCACUGCUUAAAUUCAAUUUUCAAAGAAAUAUCCCUGGAAUACGUAUGUUUCAAAUCCAGUACAAUGGUACUUUUGAUGACACCCUUGUUUACAGAAUGAUACCUCCUACGAGCAAAACAUUUCUGGUCAAUAAUCUGGCUGCUGGAACUAUGUAUGACUUAUGUGUCUUGGCCAUAUAUGAUGAUGGCAUCACUUCCCUCACUGCCACAAGAGUCGUGGGUUGCAUCCAGUUUACUACGGAACAGGAUUAUGUGCGUUGCCAUUUCAUGCAGUCCCAGUUUUUGGGAGGCACCAUGAUUAUUAUUAUUGGUGGAAUAAUUGUAGCAUCUGUGCUGGUUUUCAUCAUCAUUCUAAUGAUCCGGUAUAAGGUUUGUAACAAUAAUGGGCAACACAAGGUCACCAAGGUUAGCAAUGUUUAUUCUCAAACUAAUGGGGCUCAGAUUCAAGGCUGCAGUGUAACACUGCCCCAGUCCGUGUCCAAACAAGCUGUGGGACCUGAAGAGAAUGCCCAGUGUUGUAAAGCUGCCAGUGACAAUGUGAUUCAACCUUCAGAAACUUGUUCCAGUCAGGACUCCUCCACCACUACCUCUGCUUUGCCUCCGUCUUGGACUUCAAGCACUUCUGUGUCCCAAAAGCAGAAAAGAAAGACUAGCACAAAGCCAAGUACCGAACCACAGAAUGAAGCUGUCACAAAUGUUGAGUCCCAAAACACUAACAGGAACAACUCAACUGCAUUGCAGUUAGCUAGCCGACCUCCUGAUUCUACCACAGAGGAGCCCUCAUCUAAAAGAGCACAUACAAAGCCAAAUGCUUUGCUGACUAAUGUUGACCAGAUUGUCCAGGAAACACAGAGGCUGGAGUUAAUCUGAAGAGCACCACUUCUUCUCUCUCUCCUGAAAAAAUUUGCCACUGAUAUUUUUACUGGAUAAAAUUCAAAAAUGUUUCAAUUCACAAAGGCUGAUUGUUGAACUGGUGUCCUAAAAGAAAUUGUCCACAGGAGCCCAGGCGCAGGUCUCUGAUGCUGGCGGAACUGGCUCUAUCAGACCAUGGUUCAUCCUCUUUUAAAACCAAAUUUUUUUCUUCUGGCCUACAAGUAUUUUUUUUUUUAAUGAAAGAAAAAAAGCCUACAUUGGCAUCAAGUUCUGUAUCAAUCCAUCUUACAUUGCCAUCCAUGAUUUAACAGACUGUAGAAUCUUGAAUAAUCUAUACCACUUUAACAAAUAAAUGUUUUACUAUGACAGAA